AUGGACAGGAGCAGUGGCCGCGGAGCCGGGCUGCGGGGCGGAGGUGGGGACAGCCGGCGGGCGCUCGAAGAGAAGCACGGACUACAUCCCUUCUCAUUCCGGGUUAUGAGACGUGGGUGUCAUAGCGAGAGAAAGCAGAGUGUGGAGAAGUGGGGCUCCUCUCACGGACCAUAUGGGCUUCUUCAACCUACAGCUGGAAAAGCUAAAAUCCAGCUCAGCUGUGAUCGGGCCCUUCCUGAACAGGGACUGUCACUUUGCACUUUUCAAUUAUUUACCUGGAAAUGCAGCAAGCAGACAAUUGUGAAGCAGCUCUGUGAGAAAGGAGCAGAUGCUGUUUGCCAGCCGUGUGCUGGGAUCAGCUCUGGCCUGGUCAAUGGCAGGGCUACUGAACGUGGCAUCCUGAUCAGUAGCAUCAACGUCACCUGGGAGCUCAUUAGAACGCAAACUCUCAGCCCUGCUGAAUCAGAACACUUGAGGGUGAAGCACCGGAAUCUAAGCCUCAGCAGCUUCCCCAAACUACCAUUCGUGAAGCCCUGGUCUCAGACCCACUAG